AUGAACAUAGCCAUGUUACCACCAACACAAUUUUAUCCAUCGUCAGACUUCGUACACAACUACUGGCAAGUACCAUACAAUAUCUUGUGGCUGCUUUGGCAUUUGUGGCUCCAGUUGCCAGACCUUCACAUCAUCGCGCUCCUUUGCCUUCCACCUUUGCUCUUCUGGGUUUUUAUAAGUCCGCUUCAAUGUGGUUUCCCCCAAGCUUACGCAUCAUGCGACUGGCGAUACUGGUCAGACUCCUCUGAGGCACGAAACGUGUCGUCUUCCUGUCCGAUCGACAAACAUCUUUUCGAGACACCUACACAGCCUGUAUGCCUGAUGGCAUACGCCAUCUUGAGCCUUGUCUUGGUUUUCUCUCUCAUCGCAUGCCGCAGUUGUCCACGAAGUCUCCUAAAAGUAUCGUUCUGGCUUCAGUUCCUCGUCACCGUCGCCAUCCGUUGCCUUUCCAGCUUUUCCGGUCUCACUACACAGCUUGGCUGGUCAGCUCUGAUCUGGAAUUCCAACUCUAUAGGCAAAUUUGUCUGGCUAUGGAUAAUGGUUGAAGCCCCCUUUUGGAAUUGGACGUACCUAGGCUUCUACGAAGACUACUACUUCCAGGAAGGCACUCGCACAGUGUAUGAUCAAGUCGGACGACCGGUCUGGAUCUUUAUAUCGGAAAAGACUGGCAAGAAGAACGAAGACACUUCGUACCACCCUUACGGGUCCAUCUUCCGCCUGUGGCGCGAUAUCGCCGUUAGACUGUCCUACUACCAUGUCAUCGACAACACCAUCCAUGUGCUUUGGUUUCGAUACUUCAACACCGAGGCCCCAUACACAACGUAUCUCAACAACUCAGAGCUCCUGACCAUGGUUCUCCUCACAACAUUAGUCACAUACACAUACGCACGUAUGCACACGCAUGUUCAUUUCGACCAUGAUGAUGAGGAAAGCGGCCUUCUCGUCGACAUUAAAAGCUCGAUCCCUUCACCCAUACAUUUGGCUUUGCGCGACCUCUUUAGCUCUGUGCCAUGGCAGCAUGACUUCCGCGCUCCCUCAGCGGUACGCUAUGGGUGCAUGGUUGUUUUCGGUGUGUUGGCAACAGGUGCCACUGCGACCUGGCAUAUCCCAGAUUUCCCAAUGUACUGGUCAGUUCUCGCAGAAUUUAUGUUUGUUGGUUGGUUACGUUCGUUUCGACAUGUAGAAGCAGGGAUGAAAAGGGUGCGUGAAGAAAAACAUCGGAGGAAAGCAGGGGGCAUAUGCGAGGAAAAGGGUCAGCAGAGGGCGACACCACCAGAUGAAUCAUGGUAG